CUAGUUCAAUCAGAAGUGAAUUAAAUGGUGAAAAUCCGAUCUUAGCAAUUCACCCUUCUGCUAAUUCUUAUGUUUCUUUUAGCAGUUUAAUUACUAGUCCUUAUGUGGUGAAAAAUGAGGUAGGGAAUGGAUAUUUUAAACCUUUGGAUAUUGUGCAAAUAAAACAAUUUGAAAGAAAAUUUGGAGUAAGAUUUUAUCAUGUUGGUAUUUACUUAGGUGAUGUAGGUAAUGCAAAGAUAGAAUUGGUGAAUUGUAUAGAUAUCACCCAACGAUACCUUUUAAGAACUCAAAGAGAAUGGCCGAGCAAAUUGCUUGAUCCGUUGAAACUAAAUUUCAAGAAGAUCGAUAUGAUUUACGGAAUAGAAACUGUAGAAGAUAAUAAAACAGAACUUGCUGCUUCAGUUGGUGUUCCUGGUGCUAUUGUUGCGGGAGGUUUUACAGGAGCAGGUCUCUGGGGUGUUAUUGGUUCAAUUGCUUUGGUUCCUGCUACCGGGGGAGCAUCUUUGCUAUUGGGGGCUACCUCAGUCGGAGCGGCAGGAGCAGUGGUUGCUACUACUUUGAAUGUGGCAGAUGGAUAUGCUGAAAUCAAUAACGGUAAAGGUUCCACUAUCAAACUAAUUAACGAAAUGAAUGAAAGCAAUAAUAAGUUAGGCGAAAGAAGCAACAAAUUAGCAGAUGAUAUAAAAGCUAAUAUUGAAGUUCCGCCUAAGGAACAUUGCAGAAUAAUGUAG